CGAGACUUCAGCUUCGAUAAUAUGCACCACAUUUACGGAAUGAUGCAUGGUAAUGAGAUUCAAUCGUAUACCGGUGAUGCUCCACCACGUAAACGACGGCGCCCGGCGUUGGCCUGCGAUCAGUGUCGUCGCCGGAAGAUCAGAUGCGACCAAAAGGUGCCUUGCGAUCAAUGCCACCGAUCCAAGAAGAGCCUCUCGAUACAUGCAUGCACAUAUACUCAUGCCCAAACUUCUGCUGGUCCUUCUUCUUCGUCUUCUGCUAGAUGUUGUGAUAGCUCACAGCCACAACGUCCUUCAGCUCUCCAAGCUCCCCCAGCCCCUACCGUACCUAUUCCACAGAUAAGCCGCCCUGGGAACUUCCCAUCAUAUCCCUCACCUUUUACUGCAAACGAAUCGGACCAGAGUACACAUGCAGAUGAUCAAAGAAGUGAUGUCACCGGAUCUAUCCGCAAUGUUGCCCAGGACCUUCAAUCUGCAGCGACAAUUCAGGCGCUCGUCGAUCGGGUCCGUCUGUUGGAGAAGAAGCUGGCCCAGUCUACGAGCACGAGCUCCGUUGCUGCUUCAUCUUCUCCCGGAGGCAGACGCUUGGACGCAUUGGAGGAUCGUGAAGCCUUGCACACCCCUGUGAGAGGGACCUUCUCGAAGACCAGAUUUUUCGGGCAGAGCCACUGGAUGAAUUGUGCCAAGGAAUUCAAUAUGGUAUACAACUUAAGGCAUCGGCUUGAAGUCGAGGAUAAUUCCGGGAUAUCCAGGAUGAUGGAUCGAUGUAAGACAUUAGCAAGGGCUAUAAAAGUCAGACGUCCAACACGCCAGCCAGCUAUAUCCGACUUGACAGAUUUAGUUCCACCGCGUGAGACGGCUGACCAGCUCGUUUCGGGCUAUCUUCUCACCUUCGAGACUGUUUAUCGAAUCUUACACGUGCCGACUUUUCAACAGGAAUAUGCCCAACUCUGGAAUCCCCCUCAGUCCGCGAGCCCUGCUUUUGUGGUGCGAUUGCUUCUUGUCAUGGCCCUAGGAACUUGCUUCUAUAAAGGCCCUGGCAGCUCUAUUACGCCCCGGAUAACGGCAGCACCGUGGAUUUAUGCUGCCCAGUCAUGGUUGGGAGGUCCUUCUGAGAAAUCUCGCGUCAAUAUUGCUGCCGUCCAGAUACACUGUCUUCUACUUCUAGCCCGGCAGAGUUGUGCGAUUGAUGGUGACCUCGUUUGGAUAUCGGCUGGCUCUCUGCUGCGAGCAGCAAUGUACGUUGGUUUACAUCGAGAUCCACAAUAUCUUCCAAAGAUGCCAGUCUUUCAAGCGGAGCUACGGAGAAGGUUGUGGGCUACGGUUCUGGAACUUUUGCUCCAGUCAAGCAUGGAUGCGGGAGGGGCGCCUCUAGUCUCCCUUCAAGAUUAUGACUGCGAGUCACCAUCCAACAUCGAUGAUCAUGAUAUGAAUCCUGAUGACCCUGAAGCCGUCCCACACGUCACAAACGGAUUCACCCACACCAGCGUCCAAAUCGCGCUCGUGAAGUCAUUCCCUAUCAGACUCCAGAUGGCAAAGGCAAUGAAUGAUAUACGCUCCGAGCCUUCGUAUGAUGAAGUGCUGAGACUCAGCAGUAAGCUUACUGCCAUCCAGCGUGACAGUUCGCUUCACCUUUUCAACGCAGCCCAUCACUCGCAAGACAGAGCCUCGCAACCGUCUGCCUUCCAAACCCAAUCCGUCUCCCUUCUCACCAAUAGGUUUCUGCUUGCUCUACAUCACCCUUUCGCUGUCAAGGCAAAAACAAACCUAAAAUACUACUUCUCCCGUAAAAUAUGCCUGGAUGCAGCUCUCCAGAUUCUUUCGCCAAAUAAAGGCAACCACAGCCAGGAUAAUAAUGAGAAUGCCGCCGCCAGUACCAACAGUGACGACGAUGACUUUGACCGCCUAAAGCUCCACGCCGGGGGCUUCAUCCGCAGCUCCGCCAUCUACGCACAAUUCACCAUCUCCCUCGAGCUCAUCUACCAACUCCAGGAAGACAUGCCAGGGUACUUCCUUUCAACCCCCGCGUCAUUAAGCACCACCUCCUCGUCGGCGACACAAACAUGGCGAAGAGAACUUCACACUGCGACCGACAACUACAUGCGGCUAGCAAUGGCGCGGAUCCGGGCGGGCGAAACGAAUGUCAAAGGCUAUAUAUUCUCUGCUUGUGUGCUGGCGCAGAUCAAGGCGAUGGAGGCGGGCGUGGCAGAGGUUGAAGGGCCCAUUAUGGAGGCGGCGAAGGAGGCACUGGACCAGUGCUAUCUUUGGCUAAAGGAGCGAGCAAAGCUACUCGGAGAAAGGGAAGUUGAGGUAUCGUCGGAAGAGGAUGAAGGGACGGGGUUAGAUACCCAUAACACGAUAUAUGGCGAACGUGGUGAUAGUGCUGAAUCUGAGACUCAGAGGAUGGAAUUUGCCGAUUGGGGCUCGCAAUUUCUUUUCGACAUACCGGAUUCAUGGUUAUUUUCCGCAAUUCCGUCUGGGGAUCUGUAGUGUGGAGAAUUUCCUUUUCCAGAGCGUGCAUUGAAUAAAAUGCUGUUGCUUUUCUAGUUUCUCUUUUUUUUUUCCUUGCAAGGAACUGAUCAGCAUGUAAAUUACACGAAAUGGGGCGUUGGGGGGCGUUGGGGGGGCGUUGGGUAGUACUGGGCGUAUGAUUGUGUCUAUUUUUAUCAGCCCGACUUUCUUGCUUGCGUGAACGGUCGCCCCACAUGUCAACCGGUUUUGGCUCUCACGAGGCAACGACCUUCAAUUCCCGCAUCGGAUCUGACCGCAAUAAUGACGAACAGUCAAGUCAUCGCGGCGGUUCCAGUCGCUUGCCAGCUUGCUUGUAUGUAUCUUGGGUUCAUCCGCCUACAUGUGCAAUCAUUUGCCUUUGAUGAAUGGGUUUUCUGUCAGUUAUUAGAGUGACACCUCAAUAAAUCAAUGUAGCGAUAAAAUUAAAUAAUUAUGAUGGGAGUCGAAGCACUUGGCUUGUACGCGCUAUGUAAAUCUGAUUGGGUUUGGUAACUACUGUACUUAGCUUUAUAGUGCUAGCUAUACUAUGUAGAGGCAAAGCCCCCACCUUCGGACAUUCCAAUAAAUGUCUCAUUGUAAUGAGCUCAUGGGGAUUGGUUUAUCCACAAACGCUUUUUGCUUUCCAAUGACUUUCCUUAUUGUCGGGUAUUUGGGUGUAGAUGUUUUAAAAUCAUGUACUCCGUACUGCCGCACGCACAUUGUGGUUAGGUGGCGCUUGCCUGCUUGCUUGGCUGUUUUCGGAUUUUUGCCCUAAUUCAUUUUGAUGUUUUGGGACAAAACAACCACAGAUCAGAAAGAAGUAACUUUACUUCCGUAUGUUGGAGUCACAAUAAUAACGACAAAAAACAAAUACUGCACGCUCGAGAGUCGAGAGAACAAGAGCAAGACAAAAACAAAUAUCCCACAGUUUUUAGACCUCGGCCAACUGCUCCAGACUGACUCUCUCUUUGGCUCAUGGUCUCCAAGGCUGACACCUGCAGAUUACCGUCCGG